ACAACCCAUCAGAACGUACGGGAAAACUUGUGUGUUGACAAGGCAGCGAAACGAACCAGGGGGGACAUCCCACAUCAGACUUUGCUGACAAAUACAACAGUGCUAAGUAUACGCGUUUUUGGUGCAGAAAAAUUGUGACAAUAUUUUGGCUCGUUUGAUACCACCACCUUGCGAAAGCGCUGAUUCUUCUGAGAUUCGGAGCAAAGACCGUCCAAGUCUGAGGCGUAAUUUCGGGUGGAAAAGUUACGGUGCGCGAAUUCGAGUGAGCAAUUUUAGGGAAAGUCAACUGUAGUGCUGAAAUUGUGUGUUUUUGCCAGCAAAAGGAAAAUUUCCAAGUGAGUGGCACUAAAGCCAAAAACAGCAAAAGCAACCCCGUGAAGGACGUUUUAUGAAUCCAGCAGCGACUGGAGGAGCUUCUAGAAAAGACCGCGGCGAUUACUCAGCCACAGACAAUGGCAUCCACCGUUGAGAGCAAUCCCCACCCCACGGCACCAACGGCGCCCAGCUUGGAAGAUCUCAACUCGGCAUCGACCUCUUCAGCGAGCAAUAAAUUCAGCACCGCACCGGAUUCAGGCGCAAGUGGCAGCAGCGGAGACCCGCAGCCCACGGCGUCCACAUCUACAGCAGCCGAUUCCACCAGCGGCCCCGAGUCGGCCACAUCGUCCGGUGGCAAGUCCAAGAUCACGCUCGAGGACGCCAACGAUGACGACGAGGAAAAGAAGGACGACUCGGUGUUUGAGUGCAACAUCUGCCUCGACACGGCCAAGGACGCGGUCGUCAGCAUGUGCGGCCAUCUGUUCUGCUGGCCGUGCAUACACCAGUGGAUGAACGGGUACCGGAACACGUGUCCGGUGUGCAAAUCUUCAAUCAGCAAGGAAAAGGUCAUUCCACUGUACGGCCGUGGUGGCAGCAAGGAGGAUCCAAGAAAAACGGCGCCACCGCGACCGGCCGGCCAGCGCACCGAACCGGAACAGCCGCAGGGUUUCCAGAGCUUUACCGGCGACGGUGGCUUCCACAUGUCGUUCGGCAUCGGGGCGUUCCCGUUUGGGUUUUUCACGUCGUCGCUCAACUUUGGCGACUUUCGCGGGAAUCCACCGCACGAAAACACGCGCGAGUUUGACGAGGAUCAGUUUCUGUCGCAGAUUUUCCUGUACGUUGCCCUCAUCUUUAUGGCCUGGCUGGUUCUGGCUUAAGGGAAAUUCAAAAACAAACAAACAAACAAAAUACGACAACCAGCUGGUGGGGAUGCUUUGUGAUAAUAAAUGGUUAUUUUUUUAUAUUUUGGCUGGUUCGAUUACCACUUACGAAAAAAACAAAGGAAGCAAAUCUGUAUCUGAGUAUUUUGGGAGAUAUUACUGUGCAAAUAGGCAAGUUUCUUUCUAUUCUACAUCAUCCUCUACAAAUGUAUUGUAAAACGAUCCAGAUUUUUAAAACAAGGACCUUCUAUUGAUGUUACUUUUAUUUACUUCUUCUUAGUUCGUAUUGCUGUUCAACUUUUAAACUAGGUUUAAUCCUUUUGGUACCUUUAACUGCACUAUUGUCUGUAAGCUAGGCUAAUCGUCAAAAAGCUCAGUGCAUUAAAACAAAUAAUGAAGAUUAAAACAGUCACACACACACAGUCUGUGCAGAGCAAUGCAACCUAAGGGAAGAAAAAUCAAACAUACGAACUCAAUAUAAUUUAUUUGACAGGAGAAAAUGAUAUGUAAAACAUUUAUAUUAUGUAUGAUACAAAUAAAACGUCAACGAAAAAUGUAACCACAAAUUAAGUGUUUCUUUGCUUUGAUGACAAUUAAUUCUGUAAU